AUGGACCCCGGAGAGUGCACCUGUAUGUCUGGUGGGAUCUGCAUUUGCGGAGACAACUGCAAAUGCACCACUUGCAGCUGCAAAACAUGUCGGAAAAGCUGCUGUCCCUGCUGCCCUCCGGGCUGUGCCAAGUGUGCCGGUGGCUGCAUCUGCAAAGGAGGUUCGGACAAGUGUAGCUGCUGCCCCUGA